UCCUCUUCCUUGUGCAAAAAGAACUUACAUCAUUUAUCUUUCUGGUUCUUGACGGUGAACUUGGGGAGAUGUUUGAUGAACCCGAUGUAUCAAUUGCCAUAUCUAGAGAAUGGUUAUACUAUUCAUUAAUUUCAACAGUACAUAUUAUUGCGUGCGAGGAAUUGGAUAAAAAUCUUCAUUAUAAUGCAGAGUAUGAUUUUUUGGAUUCAUCAUUAGAUUAUACCGUGUCUUUGGAAGAAUCUGGUCGACCAGUUCCAAAAUAUGUAAACACCAUGUUAUAUUUUCAUUUAUAUAACAAUUCUGGAGCUUGA